AGAGAGAGAGAGAGAGAGAGAGAGAGAGAGAGAUUAAUUAAACAAAUUGCCAUUAAUUAAAAACGUGAAAAGUAUCAUAAAUGUCAUAAUAAUCCUGAAUUCAACUCCUAAAACAGUCAGAGAACAAAACAAUACUGAGAGAAAACCUAUAAAGUUCCCCAACACUUAGGUCAGCGGCGUGGCCAUUCCUUCUACUUCCUUGCCUCCCUUCUCCUCUAUUCCCCUCACUGGCCCUUGCCCAAUCACAACACGACUGCUGACCUGUGCCUCGCACUAAUUGGUGGAUGUGUUGGCCAGCUGGUAGGCAUCGCUGCUGACGGAGAAAUGUGAACUGAACUUCUUCCGUUCUUGUAUUGGAGAUAUACGCGAGAAAAGAAGUAGGCAAGGGAGGAGGAGAAAAAAGAUAAGAAAGAAACUGGAUAUAAAAUGAAGAACAGAGAAAAACAGCAAAGAAGCAAAAAUACAUUGACAAUCAUGAAGUUUCUAUAACUAAAAGAAAGAAAAAAAGGAGAACGAAGUAGUGAAAGAACAACAGUAAUAAUUUGAUGACUAAGAAUAACGGAACGAAAGAACUAGAAUACAAGUGAGGAGUCAGGGAGGAGGAGCAGAGGAGGGAAGAGGAGGAGGAGGAGGAGGAGGAGGAGGAGAAGGAGGAGGAGGAGGAGGAGGAGGAGGAGGAGGAGGAGGUGCAGCAGCCAUGGGAGGGAUCAAAGUGAGGGACGUACUCGUGCUGACGGUGGUGCUCACUGUGACAGGGGGCGCCUCAGAGGUUCUUCUCAAGGAGGUGAGGGUGCCGUCGGUAGCGUUGGAGGGGGACAUGCUUCACCUACACUGCGACUAUGAAGACGGCUCCUCGUUAUACACACUCAAGUGGUACAAGGACGGGCUGGAGUUCUACCGCCACAAACCGGGCGUCCUUCACAUCCCGGACCACAGCUGCCUCGACGAUGAUGUUGAGGGUGUCUCCGUGGACUGCUGGAUGUCAUCUGAGGGCGAGGUGGUGCUGAAGGACGUAACCAGCAGCACCUCGGGGCUUUACAAGUGUGAGGUGAUUGGCGAGCAACCGACAUUCCGGAAGGAGGAGAAGAAGGGGUACCUUAAGGUUUUUUCGGAGGCCCUGAGGAAGCCACGAGUGGAAGGUGUAAGGCAACACUACACACCUGAUGAUGACAUUUAUCUCAAUUGCUCCUCCACUAACACCCAGUACCUUCCCACCCUCACCUGGCUUGUUAACGGCCACCCAGCUGACCAGAAGUACCUCAUGCGUUAUCCUGUCGGGAAGAGCCUCGGCCUUCACCUGCCCAUUACGUUCGACCUGUUCCGCGGAGGCGUGAUCAGCGCGUCCUGCGUCUCCUCGCUCGGGGACACUCACUUCAGAUCCACUAAUGUUACGCUGCUCGGGCGAGGCUCAUUGGCCACAGCAGAGGGGGCCAGUAGUGCAGAUAAGUUGAGUUGGAGUGACUGCCCGGGUUGGGUAAUGGUAGUUCUUCUGCCUCUAUUAAUAACACAUUAAUAUUCACCCAUCUUCCUUCCUGAGAAUCUCGCCUUUAUAGUCACACCAGUAGACUCCCUCUCACUUUCUAUGGUGCUCGUAUCUUUUUCUUUUCUAGUAAUUCAACACAGGACAGUUUUGUACUUUCUAAACAGAGCGACAAGUUUUGAAAUUGCUAACACUCUCAGUUCACCUGUGUUGAUCAUAAAGGUGCUACCAUGUUCACAAUAUGUAAAAUGUGAACUCCUCUUGUUUUACUAUUUAUACUCAUGUGAUGUUUCUACCCAUUACCUUUUGCUGUUUACCUCUUUGUAUCCAGGUCAUGUUGUUAUCGAAGUCGUUCUUUUCCUAAUUUCCUCGGCCAUCCUACAACAACAACAACAACAACAACAACAACAACAACAACAACAACAACAACAACAACGACAACAACAACAACAACAACAACAACAACAACAACAACAACGACAACAACAACAACAACAACAACAACAAAAUACUACUACUACUUCUACUACUACUACUACUACUACUACUACUACUACUACUACUACUACUACUACUACUACUACUAUUACUAUUACUACUACUACUACUACUACUACUACUACUACUACCACUACUAAUACUGCUGCUGCUGCUGCUAUUACUAUUACUACUGCUAUAGGUCCUGUUUUUAUUUAUUGAUAUAGUGUUCCAAUUUCCUCUUAUUAAAUGUGUAGUCAAGAAUCACUUGAGUGUUUGUUUUCUUUUCAUCUCGUACGCCUCAGGUGAACGUUGUCUAAUUAAGAAAUCUGGCGCAAUGAUACCAAAUUACGUAAACUUCACCAAAAAUGUUCUGUAACACGUUGCAGAUUCCGAGAUGCCAGCAUUUUGUCUCACGCUAUAGCUACAUUUUGGCACUGUGUCACCCUGUACUGUAUCUCACACGUAUCAUUUAGUACACCAUCGGAUAUUAUGACUUGAGGUUACCUUUCCCGUACCUGUGUAAAUAUAUCGAUGCCCGUAUAAAA